AUGUUUUUGUUGUCUCUGUCAGAACAUAUAAUCCACAAGUUGGACCAGAUUCCGGAUGAUGAACGACAGAAGCUGGAGGACAGGCAGAAGGAGUUACUCUGCCCGAAAGUAACAACCGUUCUCCAAAGGCGGCGAACAGCCAGCAUUGCGAAGGAGAAGCGUAACAUCGAGCUUGUCUCGAAACCGAAAGCACUAACAGGGUACUUUUCUUGCUUCGAAUUCAUGACAUUAAUGUGCAGCAAAAUACAUAGAUUCGAGGACGAAGCUCCAAUCAGAAUAGACGCAGAAAUAUCGCCAUUUUCUUCGAUGGAACGAAUUGCGACACAAUUAAAUGACAGUUGUCAGAGCAUCAAAACGCUUUUUUAUUCACUAACGCUGAAUAUGGUACUCGUCAUUGCCCUGCACUUUACAAUGCCUAAUCAAAACUACCCAUUGUUGCGUAUUAUUCAUGGCAUAAUAAGUAUCUUGGCUUUCGCGUUAUCACGAAUAUGCGGCACUGUUUGGUUUGCUGACAUUGCAAGCGCUUCGGCCAAGUACACCGGCUUUCAAAUGCCGAACAUUUCGAUAAGCCGUAUGGCCGGUGACUUUGUUACAGCGGGACUGCUCGAUUUUGUUUUCUUGGUGCAGUCCCUGGUCGUCAACUACAUGCCAGUUCCCUACAUCUCAUCUUUCCUUGCUUUUAUACACUUGGCACUGCUGAAUGCCUUAUUCAGUUUUGAGUAUUUGUGGAUGUCUCUGGGGAUUGGUCUAAACGCACGCAUCAAUCGGAUUGAACGUAACUGGCCGUAUUUUCUUGGAUAUGGUACAACACUUACGGUGCUAACAAGCUUGACCGAUAGUAUGAUGGUCAACGCGCUUUUAUUUGGCGUUUUCUUUCCCUUCGCAAUCAUCAGCAGUUAUACGUUACAUCUAACGUCUGUAAUAAACUCGAGCAUCCUGAAUGCAUUUGUGUUUCAGGUGCAUCCGAAUAAUUAUGAGCAGUCGGUUUGGCCCCAUGUACAUCUGUUUCACCCAUCUGUUGCUGUAACAGACCAUCUAACAACGAGCUUUUCGUCCAUGUUGAAAGCGUUCAAAUCGAGCAGCAGCCCUGCAAGUGAGCGAAGAGGCUCCGCUUUAAGGGGACCACGAAUAACCCUGCGUAAUCAUCACUCAUAUUCCCCAAUGCGAGUCGGUGCUGCCGAGACACGAACAAAACACACAAGAAGUGGCCAUUCGGCUGAAUAG